UGUGUGUCAUUUAGUCUUUGGAUCAUACAGCGACCCGCUCCCCUCAUCUUUUCCAUAAGACCCUUCAAAUUACAUUCAGCUUGAAAGAAAACACACUACAACGAUGUGCGGAAUUUUCGCCUACCUGAAUUACAGAGUGCCACGAAAGAGGAGAGAUAUCUUUGAAACACUCGUAAAGGGACUUCAAAGGCUGGAGUACAGGGGUUAUGACUCCGCAGGUAUUGCAGUAGAUGGCCCCGUGAAAGAUGACGAAGCUUAUAUCUGCUUAUAUAAGAAAACUGGGAAGGUGAAAGCACUUAAUGAAGAGAUCUACAAGAAUGACUCCAUUGACCUCGAAGCAGAACUGGACACACACUUUGGGAUUGCACACACUCGCUGGGCGACGCACGGAGAGCCCAGUCCCCUCAACAGCCACCCUCACCGAUCUGACAAAAACAACGAGUUUGUUGUCAUCCACAACGGCAUCAUCACAAAUUACAAGGAGCUGAAAAAGUACCUGGCUUCCAAAGGCUAUGAGUUUGAGUCGGACACAGACACGGAGGUCAUCCCUAAGUUGAUCAAGUACCUCUAUGACAACCGAGAGAACGAUUAUGUGUCCUUCUCCACCCUAGUGGAGCGCGUCAUCCAGCAGCUGGAAGGAGCAUUUGCUCUGGUUUUCAAAAGCAUUCAUUUCCCAGGAGAGGCUGUUGCCACCAGGAGAGGCAGUCCGCUGCUCAUAGGUGUCCGCAGUCAAUAUGAACUUUCCACAGAGCAGAUUCCUGUCCAGUACAACUGCGGUGAUUCCAGAAGAGAUGAACAUGAGAAAAACCUGCAUAACGGAGUGGGAAGCUCUAAUGCCCUGCACUCAAUUGACGACAGACUGGCGGUGGAGUUUUACUUUGCCUCUGAUGCCAGUGCCAUCAUUGAGCACACCAACAAGGUGAUUUACGUGGAGGACGAUGACGUGGCUGUUGUGAUGGAGGGGAAGCUCUAUGUGCACCGCGUUAAGCGAGCGGCUGGAGAAGAUCCUGUCCGUGUCAUUCAGACCCUGCAGAUGGAGCUCCAGCAGAUCAUGAAAGGUAACUUCAAGGCCUUCAUGCAGAAAGAGAUCUUCGAACAGCCUGAGUCUGUCUACAACACCAUGAGAGGCAGAAUCUGCUUUGACAGCAACACAGUACUUCUCGGGGGCUUGACUGACCAUCUGAAAGAGAUCAAAAGAUGCAGACGUUUGAUCAUGAUUGGCUGCGGGACCAGUUAUCAUGCUGGAGUGGCGACGCGACAGAUCCUGGAGGAGUUGACUGAGCUUCCUGUUAUGGUGGAGCUGGCCAGCGAUUUCCUGGACCGCAUCACUCCUGUCUUCAGAGAUGACGUCUGUUUCUUCAUCAGCCAGUCGGGUGAGACAGCGGACACUCUGAUGGCACUCCGCUACUGUAAGCAGCGUGGGGCAUUAACUGUGGGCAUCACCAACACUGUGGGCAGCUCAAUCUGCAGAGAGACCGACUGUGGAGUUCACAUCAAUGCUGGGCCUGAGGUCGGAGUCGCCAGCACUAAGGCCUACACCAGCCAGUUUGUGUCUCUGAUCAUGUUUGGCCUGAUGAUGAGUGAAGACAGACUAUCACUGAAGCCGAGGAGGCAGGAGAUCAUCAAUGGCCUCAAUAAACUGCCAGAGUUGAUCAAGGAAGUUCUGAGUCAGGAUGACAAUAUCAAAACCAUUGCAGAGGAGCUUCACCAUCAGAGGUCUCUAUUAGUCAUGGGUCGAGGCUUCAACUAUGCCACCUGUCUAGAGGGGGCGCUGAAAAUCAAAGAGAUCACAUACAUGCACUCAGAGGGCAUUCUGGCUGGAGAGCUGAAGCACGGCCCAUUGGCGCUCAUCGACAAGCACAUGCCAGUCAUCAUGAUCAUUAUGAGAGACGCCUGCUACCAAAAGUGUCAUAAUGCCUUGCAACAGGUCACGGCCAGACAGGGUCGCCCCAUUAUCAUAUGCUGCCUGGACGACCCAGAGAUCAGCAAAAUGGCCUAUAAGACUAUUGAACUGCCUCAAACAGUGGAUUGCCUGCAGGGCAUCCUCAGUGUCAUUCCUCUGCAGCUCAUAUCGUUCCAUCUCGCCGUCCUCAGAGGAUAUGAUGUGGACUGCCCAAGGAACCUGGCCAAAUCUGUGACAGUGGAGUAAAUCCUGGCUCAAAUGUGAACCAAUGAAAGUUGAAGAGGACGAUACUGACCACAAAAGUGCAAUUUACCAGUGUGCGUGUUUACGAGUGCUUGCGUCUGUGUGAAUGUGGGGAAGUGUGGGUAUUUAUGAAUUCUUAUCAAAUCUCUAAAGGCCACAAAUAACAUGUAUGGAAACAGUAGGAGGAUAUUUGAUUUGGGUGAUAUAGAGACUUAAUACCUUUUGCUUCGUAAGUGCCUCAGCAUUCAAGUGCAAAUGAAGGGAAUCCUAAAAUGUGCCUUAAACGCUUUUCUCUCAGCUCUUAACUGAGCCCGAAGGAUCACAACUAAAGGCUCGUUCACUCCAAGGAUGAUAUCUAUAAAGAUCAAUAUUGAUACAAUCAAUUUAUAGCUUUCAUUUUUUCUGGAUAUCUGGAUAUAUUCUUUAAUAUGCCGUUGAAGUCAGAAUUAUUAGCCACCCUGUUUAUUUUUGCCCCCAAUUUCUGUUUAAUGGAGAGAAGAUUUCUUCAACACAUUUCUAAACAUAAUAGUUUUAUUAACUUAUCUCUAAUAACUGAUUUAUUUUAUCUUUGUCAUGAUGACAGUAAAUAAUAUUUGACUAGAUAUUUUUCAAGACACUUCUAUACAGCUAAAAGUGACAUUUAAAGUCUUAACUGGGUUAAUUAGGUUAACUAGGCAGGUUAGGGUAAUUAGGCAAGUUAUUGUAUAAUGAAGGCUUGUUCUGUAGACUAUCGAAAAAAUAUAUAGCUUAAAGGGGCUAAUAAUUUUGACCUUAAAAUGGUUCAUAAAAAAUUAAAAACUGCUUUUAUACUAGCCGAAAUUAAAUAAAUAAGCCUUUCUCUGGAAGAAAAAAAUAUUAUCAGACAUACUGUGAAAAUUUCCUUGCUCUGUUAAACAUCAUUUGGGAAAAAUCAUUUGGAAAAAAUAAAAUAAAAAUAAAAAGUGGGCUAAUAAUUCUGACUUUAACUGUAUGUGGAUGUAUAUUAAAGUUAUCAACAUGCAAUAAAAGACAAUAAAUCAAAAAGUUGCAUUAGCUUUUCAUAGAGUUUUGUUUUUCAGUCUGUAAAGGUACAUCCAAAUUACACUUUAAAGUGUUACUUUUGUCGCACAUUAUCAAUUUGUUUCUAUAGAUUUCAGUUAUAAUACAUAUUUUUAAGAGGGCCAUUUUCUCAAAAUUAAAAAACUUACAUCAUCUACAGCGGGGAUAAUAAGUAUUGAACAUGUCAUGGUGUUUCCUGGGAAUACUAUUUCUAUAGGAGCUGUUGACAUUGAAUUGAACCAGAUUUUGAUUAAAACCCAAACAAUACAAACAAAAAUAAAACAAAACAACAACAAAAGUUAAUUGUUAUGUGUAAUAGCAAUGAAACGACACAAGGACAAAGUACUGAACUACUGAAACGUAUUUAAUACUUUAAAUAAAAGUAUUUUUUGGUGAUGGCAGCUUAAAGACGACUCUCAUAUGGAGAAUGAAGUCUGCUUAGGUGUGAGUUUCUCACAGACUUCAACAGAGUGUAAAAGUCUUAAUGGUCCUGUGGGUCUCGUCAACCAAAUCUGAUCUUUGUUUUGUAUUCUCUAUUGGAUUCAAGUCAGGUGAUUGGCUAGGCCAUUCUACAGCUUGAUUUUCUUUCUCUGAAACCAUUUGAGAAUUCAUGUGUUUUGGAUCAUUGUCUUGCUGAAACGUCCACUCUGGUUUCAUCUUCAUCAUCGUGGUAAUGUAGAUGUUGGACUGAAGCAACUAAUAUUAAUUUACAAUGAGGAAGGGCAGAGGGUUGCUGAGAUUUCAGCUGCUGUCUGAGCUUUCACUGUUUUUCUACACCUUCUUUUCUUCAUGUAUUCAAUACUUUUCCCUGUCAUUAAAUUUUAUUACUCAUAACUUCAUUCGUAAACUAAUUAGAUUUUUCUUUGCAUAUAUGGAUUUCUUGGGUCGUUGCCAACAUAAGGUGCAAAUUUCAAGUCAACGACACCUUUAGAAAUACGUUUUCUGAGAUAAAUAUUGACGUGUUCAAUACUUAUUUUCAAUACUUAUUUUCCAAAUAUACUUUUUUGUAUAUUCAGAAUGUUUCUACGGUCAUACAUAAUUUUACACUACAAAUUAAUUAUUCUACAAAUGUAUUCUGGUUGUUCGCAAUAAUAUAUGAAUUAUGGAGUGAUGAAAAGAGAUUCCUGGAAAAAAAACGUAAAAAUGUUUGACUCCAAUUUCGUAAAAAAUAAAAAUAGCCAAGAAUUUUGAACCUGA